CCCCCGGACACACACCCACAGACACACACACCCCCAGACACACACUCGCACACACCCCCAGACACACACACCCCCAGACACACAUUCCCCCAGACACACACACCCCCAGACACACACACCCACAGACACACACACCGCCGGACACACACACCCCCAGAAACACACCCCCAGAAACACACCCCCAGAAACACACCCCUAGAAACACACCCCCAGACACACACCCCCGGACACACACACCCCCAGACACACAGCUGUGUUCCUCUAUGCACUUAAAGCCUGUCAUGUUUCUGUUACUGAUGUUACACUGGGGGAACAGGAAUGAUGUUCUCUAUAUGUAAUCUAUACAUGACUCCAUUAACCCAGUUUUUGGUGAUACAUAAUCGGUAGCAACCCGGCUCUGUUUAUCCAGCAUGUUUAGGGUCAACGGCCGUGUUGUCUGUCUGAUGUUGAUGACACGGCUGCAGGGUCCCGUUACUGCGGCGUGCGGGUGUCCUGAGUCAGUGCCUGUUAAUAAUUAACCCGUGUUUGUUGGUCAGGGCUCUGCUCACAGUCUUUAGUUACCUCUCUCUGCCUCCCAGCACCCUUUAUGUAAAGAUAUCCUAUACAGUAACUUAAAGCUACACUCAUCAAUAUGACAUCAUUAUGCCGGUCAGAUUUCUCCUUACAGAAUCAGCAGCAAUGCACAUUAGGGAGAGACAAUAGUGGCAGUCUUGGUAAAUAUGAAUUCUGUUGUUGUUUAUGUAUAUAUGUUAAGCAGGAAGUUGCCCCAAUAUGUGCGAUGAUAUCAUAUUGCUGAGUCUCCCUUUGAAAGGUCAGAUUUGAAAUACCUCCUGCGUCAGAGUGUACCAGAGAGACAGAGGGGGCAUCUAACGAUUGCUGCAGGUGGGCAAAGUGUAGCUAAUUGUUGAUGCGCGACUAAAUGGGUUUAAACCUCGGUCAUCUACGUGCCACAACAUUAUUAACCAGCUGAGCUAAAGCCUGUCUUCAGUCGCCUGGGAAGUGUACUCAUUACAUGGACAUGGAGUCGCCUCUAUGACACAUGAACUCUAAGAAGAGAAGUGAGAUGGUGAUUCAGGUGUUCCCAGGGCUGCAGAAUGGAGAUAACGUUUCCUCAGCUUGUAAAGACCAUCUAUAAUUCAGCCUAUUAGGCUGUGCCUUUCCUGAAGAGGCUGGAUGGUGCCGGGAGUGAAUCAGGGACAGAACAGCAAAGAGUAAAGGGAAGAGAUGGAAGAAGAGAGGAAAGAGAGAGAGAGAUCUGUGUGCACGGAGUAGAGUUGUCAACUUAUUCUGGGAUACCUUUCGAGUGGUCUAACAAAGUUUUUUUCCCCCGAGUGGUCUAACAAAGUUUUGUCGACAGACGUGAAGCAGGAAGGACCCUGCUAUAUGCUAUAUGUUUGGACUAACGGGAUCAAACCAGACCGAAUCUCUUCUCCUGCUUGUUAUUGUUGUGCUGAUUGGUGAUUGCAUUUCUAGCUGCCAGCGAAUCACAGGGCUGCCCACUCAGACACAACUGACUGCUCUGGGAGAAGGUCCCUCAACAUUCUCUGAGGGUUGGCAACCCUAGCUGGGAGUGACAGAGGAACAACGUGUAAAAGAGGAAGAGAGGAGGGUUUGGAAAAUAGAGAGAGAGAGAUCGACAAAUCAUGGAGGUUAAGAGACGUCCGAUAAUCGCUGGCAGAGAGAAAGGGCCAGGCCCCGGGCGCUAUGCUCUCCCUCCAACCAUUGGCUACAUCAACCAUGACCUCACCAAGCCCAGUAGCCCCGCCUACACCUUCCACAGACGUAUGAGCAGCAACAUGGUCUCUGUGGAUUGCAGUCCAGGACCCCAGUACCACAUCGAUGACAAGAUGACCCGGUUCGGCCGCGUCGGUACCCCUUCUUACUCCAUGCUCGGCAGGGCAAGACACUCCGCUGAACUCUUCCAGACUCCAGGUCCAGGUGCCUACAGCCCAGAGAAACCUCAUCUCAGAACUCCCUCCUACACUAUUGGCUCUCGGUCACGCUACCGUAUAAUGGAUUCUGUGCCCGCCCCUAACCGGUACACCCUCCCUAACCUGCUGGGUUCCCAGGUGCCCCACAAGCCGUCCAGUGCCAGCUACAGCUUGGCGGGGCGCAGACAGGUUGGCGCUCCAUCAGAAGACCUGUCCAUGACCCCUGGACCAGGGCGUUACAACAGUACUGACCCCAGCGUCUACCUCACACGACAGCCGUCCUUCUCUAUGCAGAGCCGGACUACCCGGGCCAGCGAUCAGUCUCAGAAGCCUGGGCCAGGGACCCACAGCCCGGAGAAGGUCCUGCUCCACCUCCCCAGACCUCCUGCCUUCUCCCUGGGCAUCAGACACUCAGAGUUCAUUACUCCUCUGGUGGUGGUUGUUUCCGACUGAUUUUUAUUGGAGUUUCACACGGAGUUUGUGGAAAUGCUGGAGUCAGUUCUGAGUUAAAUACCACUGUG